AACAACAACCAUUCAAUAGAUCACGGCAUCUUUUCCCUCACGGAUCUGUGUCCUUUGUUCCUUGCGCCGGUAUCCGCAUGUAUAUCUACUGAGAUCAGGAUCUGAUCAUCUCUUCUUUUUCCGUUCAUUAAGAGUCAUCCUUUUGAGCUGCACCCACCGCCACCAUGGGUGUUCCCAAAUUCUUCAGAUGGCUCAGCGAGCGCUACCCUGCGAUUUCUCAAUUGAUCGCAGAGAACCGCAUCCCUGAGUUUGAUUGUCUUUAUUUGGACAUGAAUGGCAUCAUUCACAAUUGUACUCACAAGGACUCUGAUUCGCCCUCCUUUCGGAUGACCGAGGACAAGAUGUUCAUUGCGAUUUUCAACUACAUAGAGCACCUUUUUGGCAAGAUCAAGCCCAAGAAACUGUUCUUCAUGGCGAUUGACGGGGUAGCACCUAGAGCCAAAAUGAACCAGCAACGUGCUCGUCGCUUUCGUACCGCCCUGGAUGCCGAGAAAGCCCGAAACAAAGCCCUCCAAGAAGGAUUGGAAUUGCCCAAGGAGGAGCCUUUCGACAGCAAUUGUAUAACGCCCGGCACCGACUUCAUGGCAAAGCUCACAAAGCAGUUGAAAUAUUUCAUCAGCAAGAAGGUGUCCGAAGAUGUCGACUGGCAAGGUGUUGAGGUCGUCCUUUCCGGCCAUGAGGUACCUGGCGAAGGUGAACACAAAAUCAUGGAAUACAUUCGACAAGCCAAGGCGCAGCCGACCUACGACCCCAAUGUCCGUCAUUGUCUGUACGGAUUAGAUGCGGACCUGAUUAUGUUGGGCCUUCUCAGCCAUGACCCUCAUUUUUGCUUGUUGAGAGAAGAAGUGACCUUCGGAAGACAAGCCUCGAAGAAAUCCAAAGAGCUCGAGCAUCAGAAUUUCUAUCUCAUGCACCUGUGCAUUGUGAGAGAAUACCUAGAACUCGAAUUCCAGGAGUUGGAGCAAGAGGGUGCUCUUGACUUUCCAUACGAUAUGGAACGAAUCAUUGACGACUUCAUCUUGAUGGCUUUUUUUGUUGGAAACGACUUCCUACCGAAUCUUCCGAAUUUGCACAUCAAUGAAGGGGCGCUGGCGCUUAUGUUUCAAAAGUACAAACAGAUACUUCCGCGACUGGGUGGCUACAUCAACGAGCAAGGGGUCAUCAACUUGCAGAGACUGGGUGUGCUCCUUGACGAAUUGUCUGAAGUUGAAUAUCGGUUCUUCGAGGCGGAAUACGCUGAUGCAAAAUGGAUCAACGCCAAACGAAACGGUUCGGAGGAGGAGGAGCCAGUCAAAGCAGCACGGGGUCCGAUUAGACUCUCGCCUGAACAGAAACAGCUAUUCAAACAUGUCAAGAAGUGGUUCAUCUCACCUGGCAAUAAGGACAUCGCCACUCGGCAGCCACUGAAUCUAUCCUCUACACUCCCAGCGAGGGAUCGCAAAUUCAUACAGCAGCUCGCGGCGGACUUGAAUUUGCAAUGGUCGACCAAGGAAGACGAAGAAGGAAACCGAUUCAUACAACUAGAGAUUCCGCAGACACAAGGUGAUGACGACUCGGAAGAUGAAGAAUCACAGCUGGCUAUCACGAGGAUUCUCAAAAGAUACGAAAACGCUAAAGUCGAGGAGGCCACGGACGAACAGGCUCAGCAAGAUCUGAAGAAGAAAUAUGACGAGAAGUUUUACGAAUGGAAGAACAAAUAUUACAAAGAAAAGUUCGACUGGGGCUUGGAAAAUGAGGAAGGUAUGCGGCAACUGACAGAGAACUAUGUUCAGGGUCUUCAGUGGGUGCUUUACUACUAUUACCGUGGAGUUGCAUCUUGGCCAUGGUUCUACCAGUAUCACUAUUCCCCCAUGAUCUCGGAUGUCAAGAAAGGUCUUGGCGCAGACAUGAACUUCCAGCUAGGUCAACCUUUCCGACCAUUCCAGCAGCUGAUGGGAGUUCUGCCGGAUCGAAGCAAGAAGAUUGUCCCUGCUGUAUACCACGACCUGAUGACUUCGAAAGACUCACCUAUUAUUGACUUUUACCCUCGUGACUUCGAGCUGGACAUGAAUGGUAAAAAGAUGGAAUGGGAAGCAGUUGUCAAAAUCCCUUUCAUCGAUGAAAAGCGACUACUAGGUGCCAUGGCCUCAAAAGACUCUCUUCUCACAGAAGAAGAACGCCUUCGCAACGAUUUCGGAAUCAGUCUCAAAUUUACCUAUUCACCAGAAGUCGACUACACCUAUCCAUCUUCACUGGUCGACAUCUUUCCAGACCUACCUCAUUGUCAUUGUAUCCAAAACGAAUUCGAGCUCCCGACAAUGGAAGGCUUGGAACCUUAUGUCGGUUUAGUUGAUGGAGUGAAGCUAGGUGCUGCCGCCUUAGCAGGGUUUCCCAGCCUCAAGACUUUGCCAUUCACUGGCUCAUUGGGUUUCCACGGUGUCAAUGUUUUCCAGCAAGACAGCCGGAAUGAGAGCAUGGUCAUCACUUUGUCAAACACUGAGGAACGCAGCAAGUCAGAAUAUGCCAAGCUUCUAUUGAACCAGCGUGUACACGUUGGUUAUCCCUUCCUGCAGGAAGCCAAGAUUGUCAAAGUCUCCGACGAACUCUUCGACUACACCAUGGUUGAGGAAGCCUCUCGCCAAGUCAAAGCGAUCGAGCACACCGGAGAGGAAAUUGACCAGUUCCAUAAGAAAGCCGAGCGUAUCGAGAAGUGGUACAGCAAGAGACUCGGUAUGCUGACUGGUGAUGUGGAGACGCUUGUCCACGUUGAAAUGCUCAAGGGAUUGAAGAAACUCGACGAUGGAUCUACUGUCAAGGAAUUUGCGGAACUUCCUGGCAUGGAGACGAUUCAUGCUACCCAACUCGUUGUAGAGAGUGUCAUCAGCGAGGAUGUGCGUUUCAUCGAAAAGGCCGCGGUCCCCAUCGAGGAAGAAUUUCCCGAUGGGACAAAUGCGUUCUUCCUCGGUGAAUAUGCAUACGGAAGCCCCGUCAGCGUGGUUGGGCAUGAAGGUGGAAAAGCGACAUGUCUUAUUGCCCUUUUUAGCGGAAGGCAAGUUGAGUUUGGGCGUGACAUUGCUCGUCAAGCGGAGAAAUUGUCGCCUUACACCCCAUCAUAUCAGAUUGCUCGGAGUCUCAAUCUGAAUGCGCUGGCCUUGGCCAAGAUCACAUCCUCAUUCUCUGUUGCUGUCGACGACCAGCGAGUCAACCUAGGCCUGAACCUCAAAUUUGAGGCUAAGAAGCUCAAGGUAUUGGGCUAUUCACGAAAGGGCCAAACUGGAUGGGAAUUCAGCCAGAAGGCAGUCGAGUUAAUUCAGCAGUACAUGAUCAAAUUCCCGCAGUUCAUUGCAGGAAUUCACAACAACCCUCAGGGCGACAUGUUGCCUGCUACUGCAUACUUUCCCGGUGAUGAAAAGGAGGCCAAGGCAAAGAUCAAAGAGAUCCAAGCCUGGUUGAAAGAGAUAGAGUCCAAGAGCUUCGAGCGAGUACCUUUGGAAGCCGAACAGCUAGACUCCGAAAUCGUCAAGCGCAUUGAGCAAGCGGCCGAGGACGCGCUACGCACUGAGGCUCCUCCUCGCAACAAGACGAUCGGUGGUGUCCCUCGGCAUGGUCUUCUCAAACCUACUGACGCACAAUGGCGAUUGGGCGGUCAGAAGUAUAAUCUGGGUGACCGAGUGAUCUACGUGGCUGAUUCAGGAAAAGUGCCCAUCGCUUCCAAAGGUACUGUUGUCGGCCUCACUCGAACUGCAAGAGAGACGUGGCUUGAUGUGGUGUUCGAUGUGUCCUUCAUGAGUGGGACAUCUUUGGGAGAUCGAUGCUCGCCAUUCCGUGGUUCCACGGUGCCUACGUGGUCAGUUCUCAAUCUCAGCAAUCGUCAGAUUUUGGCAUCGUCGAAAGCCAGUGCAAGCCGGCAAACGACCGCGCCUAGCUCGCCUCUUACAGUCGACGGAUAUGGACAACCAGGUAUCAACGGUCAAGGCCAACUACGCCCGGCUAGGACACCUGCGGCUCUGCGUGGAUCAUGGCGUGGAGCAGUCUCGGGACCAUCACCAAAUGGUCAUGUUGGGGUGAAUGGUACAGCUGGUAGAGGUCACUUGAACGGAACAAGCAUGCCCAUUCGAAACUUCUCAGGAUCUCCUGCCAAUGGCAAUCGUGGAGCAGCAGCGAAUGGAGGCCGAGGGGGUCGAGGUGGUUACGCGGCUCGAGGAGGAUACACACCAGUUGAUCGAGGUGAUGUUCAAGCUGGCGUGAUCCAGCACAAUCCCUCGUUCCGGCCCAAAUCACACAACAAUGUUCCGCCACCAGCGAACCUGAAUCAUCCCAGCACUCCUCGCGGUCGCGGUAGAGGUCGAGGAGGCGCCCCUCGUGGAGCGCGAGGCACGACUUCUCGCGGCUGAGGCUUUUGAAGAGAGGUAAUGGAUUGCCGUGUGGCCCGAGAGUAUGCACAACCUGUGAAGGUCUGGUCUUGGAUAGUGCAAAAACGAUCUUUUGAGCUGGUUGAUGGUCAACGUACGUACGUUGCUAGGUGAAAGUCAUGCAGCAUGCGGCCUCAGCUUGCUCCACACGAACACGUGUGUGCGAUGUCAACAGCUGCCAACAACUGUAGGAGAAAACCAAUAAAGAAUCAAUCCUCAAG